AGAGAACUGGUCUAUAAGAAAGAAUGGUCACCAAGACCACAGGAGGAACUCCAGAAAGCUAACAUUAAAGUCGUCUACAUACGACGGAAGAGGGAAAGAGAAGGCGUCAAAUCGAAGGAGUUGACAACAGACGAUUUUUACGUGGAGACGGACUACAGCGAUGCUAAGAUGUGCUCACUGUUCAGACAACACGACGUCCGUUACUUCGUCGUCCUCCACUUUGACCUGAGUACGCCGCCACAGGUGGUGGAGGCGGUCUUGAAGUCAGGGUUUAGCGUGACGGCUGGACGUCAGCGGGGACGUCGUUACGUGUUCUUCGGUCACAGCGCGAGUCAGCUCCGGGAGAGAACGUGCAUCCUGUACGAUAGCGAAGCCCUUGGUCACAAGGAGGAGUUGAUCAACAGAUUCGGCGCGUUUGAAGCCAUCAAGAAUCCUUCCAAGCGAGCAGCACGGAUCGGUCUGUUACUCUCGACGGCGACAAAGUGCCUGGAGCUCGACGAGAAGGAGAUAGAUCACACCAAGGACAUCGAGCGCAAUGGGUUCACGUUUACGGACGGCUGCGGGUUCAUAUCUGUCGCCUGCGCACGGAAAAUCAUGGACGUCAAAGACAUCACCGACCGUUACCGACACCAGGAUCCGCCGGUCCCGUCCGUCAUUCAGUUCCGCAUGAAGGGAUGUAAGGGGAUCGUCAUGAUCGACCCGUCUCUUCCCAACGGCGUGAGCAUCCGGCCCUCGCAGGAGAAGUUCACCUGGAAGCUGGCGCCUCCGCACGUGUUCGGCGUGUGCGACGACGGCAUCUCGCAGCCCUACGCGUUCGGCCAGCUCAACAAGCAGUACAUCAUGAUGCUGUCCGCGCUCGGCAUCCCAGACGAGGUGUUCCUGUCAAAGCAAGAGACGUAUUUCCGUGAACUCGACCGCUUGGAGAUCGACAAAGAAGUUGCGUUCCGCCACCUCUGCGCCCGGGGAUACAUUGGUCUCGCCGAACGCCUGUUCUCGCGAGAGGACGGCCCCGACAACGAGACCAUAGAGAUCCUCCGGGGGUUCCGGAGUAGAGUGCGACGUCCCCCGAAAGCCAACAAAGUCCACAAACUCCUCAACACGAAACCCGAGCCUGCAAGAGCCCUGAAAAUACCUAUAGAAAAGUCCAGGAACGUGUUCGGGGUCUGUGAUCCUUCAGGAAAGCUCCAGCCUGGGCAGUGCUUCUUCCAAGCCACUGUGCGAGGGAAAACGCAGGUGUUUACUGACACAAAGGUAGCCGUGGUGAAGUGCCCGUGUUACCAUCCCGGUGACUUCCGCGUGUUGCAGUGUGUCAAUGUGGAGGACUGCCGCCAUCUUGUCGACUGCAUAGUGUUUCCUGUACAAGGUGAUCGGCCCCACGCAGAUGAGAUAGCCGGAAGUGACCUUGAUGGAGAUAAGUACUUCGUGUGUUGGGAUCCGGACCUGGUCCCGGAGGAAGAACAGGAGCCGCUGUCCUACCCAGGUGGGGAGUCUGCAAAGAAAGACCUUGUCACCAAUGACGACCUCAUCUCCGUGUUUGCGACCUACAACAGCCGCACGGUCAGCCGACUCAACGAGCUCUUCAACAGGUGGGCUGACGUCAGAGGCGUGACGUCAUCUCAGUGUCGCAACAUCGCCAAGCUGUUCGCCACAGCGGUCGACACCGCAAAGACGGGGAAAGGCGUUGUUGUUCCACGUCGUUUGGGAAAGCCGCCAGAAGCACAAGAGACAAGAUACGUGUGGCAGAAGAUGCUGAAACGCGCAGAUCUUUACCUUGCCGACAGUGUAGCUGUAGACAGCGACCUGGCGGUCAGAGUCUUUGAGGAACCCGACAUCACAGACCUUCUGAACAAUAAGGACAUCAACGUCAGCGAGUAUCAGCUCUUCCGUUUCCUGUACAAAUGGUGUGAGAGCAACGGUCGUCUUCAGGACCUCCAGAGUUAUGUGGGGCAGAUAGAUUUCACGCGCUUCACGCCAAGUCAGAAGGCCAGGGUGGCAGUCGAUUGCCCUGAACUGCCUAUGAAGUACAUCACCAAUGCCUUCUACAAAUCAAAGAUCCUUACGGAGAGCGACAUAGGGAGGAUGGACGUAAUGUCACCAAAUCAGUGGUCACUCUUCUACCAGCAGUUUGACGAAGACAUCUCGUGGCCAACCGUCAGAAGUGUCUUGACGUCGGAGACUCCGAAACUGCUUAUCUUCGAGUUCCACCUUGCGGGCACAGUCCUGGUGAUGGGGCUGUGUCUUCCCGGGCCGCUUGUGAUGGAAGACGUCAUCACUACAGACGAGAGCUCGGGUCGUCCCACGGUCGUCUUCUUCUCGGAUCACUCCGGCGGCGGGAUGGAGAUGGUGGACCUACAGGAUGGCCACAUGAAGGACGACUACCUGUUGGAGUUGGACUCGGAGCACCUGCAGAUCUACAACGUCAGGCGCCCGAUGACGUUCGUGUGGCUGCGGUGGAGCGACGGAGCCGUCAGGAUGAGCGUCGCACUGGACAGAUUUCCGGGGGAACGCAGGGACCGUUCGGUCAAGCUACAGAAGGAAGAAGUCCAGGCGGUUGAAGUGUUCUAUCAGGUUACACGCAUGCAGAGCGGUCCGAGCGUCUACACCGAGCGGCGACAGAGGGAAGCCUUGUCCGAACAGCCAUCACAAGAGACACCAGACACGAACCUGGAAGGCAGCACAGCGUUCACUGGCGAUGUAGGGAGUCGCCGAGAGUUUCCCGAGCUGGGGGUGGAACCAGAAGAAGUGCUCUCUGAGGAGGCAGAACGACUGCGCAGGUUUGAGUCCAUGUGUGAAGCCAUUUGUGAGGGCGGAGAAGCCGGGACGCUGACACGUGACUCCCUCAACAACGUCAUUGAGCUCUACGGACAUCUACCCGAGGCUGCCCUGAAGAUUGAAUCAUUGCUGUGGAAGUAUCGCGAUCAGGUCCACCUCCGGCCUGAAAUCGAGGAGAAAUACUUCCACCUGCUCAUGAACAUCGUGUUCAUGACGUCAUACAUGUGCGUGCAGCCGGGAGCCUACACUGACUCAGAGGCCACACUCAUGAGAAUUCGCAGGUUCUGCAGCACUCUUCAAAGAGAUGGCGUCGUCUUUGGGCUGGAGAGGUUACGACAACUGUUCCUACACCUUCAGCACGCAGGCGUGGACUGCGCGAACAGCCUGCUGGACAUGAUCAGAGGCGGGGUAGUUCCCAUCAACCCAGCUGACUUUGUCCCCGGCCGGAUGGAUUACUACCUACACUGGACAGCGCUGUGCACCAUGGAGGUCCGGGAGGAGGUCUGCAGCUGCCGCAGCCGGGCUCUUCGCGCCAGAGCAGACAAGACGUCGGUUAUUCUCGUGGAGGAGGAUGAUGGUCGGUACAUCAUCGCGGACUGGGAGAAGAACGAGCUGCAACUGUCUGUAGGCGACCAGCUGCAGAUAACGUCUCAGUCUUCACCCUCUGUUAUAGUGACCGAAGUCAGCAUCGACAGGACAGAAGUUGAUCUGAACGUUCUGUGGAGCAGUGACGGGACACAGUGCAUCAUUCCCGGACAGUUCACCGCCAUCCACAUCGGCAACCGCAUUUCCCACCAGCGGGUCAUGGCGGCGCUCGACUGCCUCUGUGUGAAAACCGACUCGGACACCCCCAGUAACCUGAUCUGUGAGCGCAUCAUCUCGUCUUUCGGAGGCAGCGUUGACGUGUUGACUUCCAACUUUGAGCAGCUGGACACCGACGAAGACCGACUGGGAGCCGACGACACCCGAAGUGAAGCGGAAACACUACCCAAGGCAACAGCAGGAACAACAGAAGCACCCCGUGCUCAUCCAGUAGAUGAUGGAGAUCUCCUUACCGAUGCUCCCCAGGAGCACCAACUGACAGAAGCAGCAUCAGGCACGACUGUCUCUGAUGCCCCUAAAGACGUGCGGCCGAAGAAGCGACCGGCUACGAAGAGCCUGCUGAACAGAAGCCAGGAGGAAGCCGUCCAAUCAGCGGCCUCGACUGAGAUGACGCUGAUCCAAGGCCCGCCGGGUACAGGGAAGACCAAGGCCGCCGCAGAAGUCAUCGUCCGGUGGCAGGGGCAGAGUGACGACAAGAUUCUGGCUGUGGCAGAGACAAACGAGGGAGUUGACAACAUCAUCCAGAAACUUCUAGACAGAAAUGUCCCACCAGACCAGAUCCUGCGCGUUGGUCAACUGGAGAAGGUGAGGUACGGACUCAGACACCUCACGCUCGACAAACGGUACGAGGAAAAGUUCGGCUCGGAGGAAACCAGGGGCGGGAGAAAGAAACCACAGGGGGUAAAAUCCAUCUUUUCCAAGGCAAAGAUCAUCUGCACGACAUGUAUCGGGGCGGGAAGCCAGGUCCUGCAGCAGCUGAGCCUCAGCCGCGUGCUGGUUGACGAGGCGGCCCAGGCCACGGAGCCGGCGGUGCUGUGCGCCCUGUCUCACGGGGCGGAGAGGGUCUGUCUCAUCGGUGACGACCAGCAACUACCGCCGCUCGUGCAGAGCGAGGAGGCGCAGGAGCUGAAAAUAUCCCUCUUCGAAAGAUGGAGAGGACAGAAGUUUCGGGUUCAUCUUCUAGACACGCAGUACAGAAUGCACCCGGCAAUUUCGACCUUCCCAUCACAACAUUUCUACCAAGGUCAAAUCAAAGAUGGCGUAGAGGCAUCCGACAGAAUACCGCCCCCAGGGUUCAGAUGGCCUAACCGAAAUCUGCCGGUUUCGUUCAUCAACGUCUGUCAACGUUUGCCUGGUGAGUCAUCCCGCGGGACCUCCAAAUUUAAUGUCGAAGAGGUCAAGAUCGUCAUUGAAGUAACAAAACGACUGCUCGAGGGAGGUGACAUCGUAGAGGAUGACAUUGGGAUCGUGUCACCCUACAAGGCGCAGAUCGAAGAAAUCAAGCGCGGCCUGGACAGAAACAUCGCCGUGCGGUCAGUGGAUGGAUUCCAGGGACAGGAACGUGACGUCAUCAUUUUCUCCGCAGUUCGGGCCAAUGAGGGAGGGUACGUUGGCUUCCUGAACGAUCCCCGGCGGAUGAACGUGUUGCUGACCAGAGCCAGGCGGGGCCUGAUCGUGGUCGGGAACGGGGAGACCCUGGAGAAGGGAAGUGACGACUGGAGGAAGUGGAUCGAGCGGAUCAGGGAGAAUAAGCUGGAACAGAAAUGUACGGGACUGAAGCUGUCGAUGACCGGCAGACUGACACCAACAGAGCACGAGGCAGGGGGCGGGGACAGAGGGGGAGAGGGUACAGAGGAAGGGGUGCAGGCAGGGGGAGGCGUGGUCGGGGGAAUGCCUGGUAUCAGUCACAAAACUACUAGUAACCAGUGA